CCAAGAUGGCGGCUGGUGUUCUGGCGACGUCUGUGAAUUAUUCUUCUUCACAGUCGUCGGCUGCUCCUUUAAGCCGAUCCCAAAUUGGAGGUUAUGAUGCAGAUUUUGUAAGCCCCAUAUCUGCUGAUUACUUAUGUCCUAUCUGUCAGCUUGCUUUUCGUGAUCCUGUUCAAACCAGAGACUGCGGCCAUCGAUUCUGCGAGUCUUGUUUGGAACCAAUUUUACGAAAACCUCCAGCGUUUUGCCCGAUCGAUCGAAGAACUUUAACAAGGGAAAAGGUUUACCCUGAUAGAGCAUGUAAAAGAACAGUGUUGUCAUUAACAGUAAAAUGUUACAACAGCGGCAACGAAUGUGACUGGACAGGAGAACUUAUAAACCUUCCUAAUCACCUGGAAAACUGCAAACGAGUUCCAAUAAAGUGUAUCAACAACUGUGGAAGAACAGAUAUACCAAGAGACCAGAUGUCAGCCCAUGUAGAUGCAGAUGGGGACUGCCCAUUGGCUGUUGUACCGUGUCAGUAUACUGACAUUGGAUGCAAAUUUAAGGGUCGACGUAAUGAGAUGGACAAACAUGUGCAAGACAAUAUGCAAGUUCACUUAGAUCUGGCACAUCUAAGAAUAAGAGAACUUGAACAAAGACAGGAGUUUGUGUGCACAAACGGAAAGUUCCUGUGGAAAAUUUCUAGCUACUCGCAAUUAUUUCAGCAGUCAGCCACCAAGAAAGAAAAGGAGAAACUGUGUAGUCCGCCAUUUUACACUGGACAGUAUGGUUACAAGCUGCGUGCAGAGGCUUUUUUAAAUGGCUUGGGACAAGGAAAAGGAACACAUCUUUCUCUAUAUGUUGUUAUUAUGAAAGGGGAGUAUGAUGCAAUACUACCAUGGCCUUUUCAGCAGCGGGUGGAUUUUGUCCUCAUUGAUCAAGAUGACGAUGUUGGUGCACGGCAAAAUAAAGUAUGGAGGCUUACUUGCGACAGGGACAGUGAUUACUUCAAGAGGCCAAACAAGGUUAAGAGUCUUGGAUUUGGUUGCCCUAAGUUCGUUUCUCUGGAGACUCUCAGAACUAGAAACUACAUUCGAGAUAACACAAUUUUUAUACGAAUCGAUGUGGAACCUUUGGAUGCAUCUUGAAAUUAUUAUAAUAAUGAAAUUCUCUCUCAUUGCAUAGACUGGAUUCUGUGCAAUGUGUAAUCAUUUGAAAAGCCAUGUUUUAUCAGCUAGAAGAUGACGCCCAAUAGUUAUGCAUAUAAAGCUAAGUAAUUACAAAUUCUAUGACGAGGUCCAAGGCAUCUUAUCGCUUUAAGACACUCCUCUUAUUUGUCUUUGAGAAUUAUAUGAAACGAUCAUCUAAACCCACAAGUGGUAGGGGAUGGCAGUAACUCUCAAACAGAUAAGAGAGGGGACUUUGGCCCGUCAAAAACUCUUAAAGGUACCUCCCCCCUUUCUCUGGACAUUUGUUUCGAGAAAUCUUAGCAGUUUAAUUCUUUGUCUCAUGAAUAGUGGCCCCAGUAGAUACUUAGUCAUCAAACUUUUGUCAACUGCUAGUAGUAAGUAUGGUCUUUGAAGAAUCAGCGGAAAAGAGAUAAUUUACAAAAAAUAUAAUCAUAACAGUACGGUUUGCAGUUUGCAUCUUAAAAUAGCAAAGCUAAUUAGAAAAAGUUGGAGAUUUCUUCCUGGAGACCUGCAAAAAAUAAUUUGAAUAUGUCUUCGAAAUAGUGAAAAGGAAACUUGCUUUUCGAUGAUGUUACAGGUGAUUUAUCAUUUUCUCAUGAGUAAACGAAAUUUUUCAAAUCAUAGGUAGAUUAUCCUACUCGGUGAAGAGAUAUUUCUUGAGAGGUAUGGUAUUUUUUAUCGAAGCAGAGACAACGUUACUUUUUCAUGUUAGGGGUGACCUUGGUGAGGGAUCCACGAUCAACAUUGUAAAAAGACUUCUGCAAGAAGAAUAGAAUAAUAAGCCUUACCGCCUACUUUACUGAAUGUCAACGGUAGACUUCUAGUUUCUCAAUAGUUCAUAUGAAGAAAUAUAUGCAUGCAGGUCAGGAGAAUGAAACACCUGAGCACGAAAAGAUAUUCUUCUGGUACUAAAUUACAUUCUCUUAACUAACAUAUUGUAAGCAAUACAUGCAUGUAUGUAGAUUAGGGGAAUUAGAUUCAGUUGUUAGAAAUAUUAGCUAGUAAUGUAGAUGAAAUAGCACAUUCUCUUUUUGUUUAGAUUUUUCAUGCAACGCGAAGGAGAAAGAGUGUGUGAUGUAAUUUGGGGAGAUCGCAAAAAUUCUUGCCUAAAGGAACACCUGAAGGCAUAUAUAUAUAUAUAAAUUAAGUGAAAUUAUUUUAAGCCGUCUUGAAAUUAUGAAUUUUAUUGUUUACAGUUUAUUUUUCCUUAUUCAGAGAGAUGUUUAUUACGGCAUAAUUAUAUUAAACUCAUUUUAACGUC